GAAUGUUUGACAGAUUGGCAAGGGGAGUAUAUUCGUCCUGGGAGCAUUUUCCAAAGAAAGGGGCCGGUCGUCCAAGAAGGCUACCAAGUCCUUUUCCUGUGUUGUCGCCAUGUCCACCAUUGACUCCGUUCCACAGUCAUCUACCACCACUACCGCCGGUAGCGACGGCGGUAGAGACUGGUUUUUCCCCUCACAUGCUUUCACGCAUUCCUCCCACCUUACACGAACUCCCGCCCGGCGAUUUUCCUCUCCAUACCCGCGGACAACGUCGUUGCCGAAUCCGAGUCCCCUUGCUGUGUCUCGAAAGUACGCCGGAAUACGGCGUCGUCUUUACCCCCAUGGCGACUCCCACAACGACAAGUCAACAACAACAACUACCAAUCAUCUUAGCAAUGGCGGUGAGAAGGCUAUUGAGCAAGAGAAAUGUCAGGCUCCAGAAGUCAAAUUGAAGUCGCAUGGAAAGAAAUUCGCCGUAUUGUUUGGUCGAAGGUUCAACAUUCGCUGGCAGACGGCAUUUUCAAUCAUAAUAUUGAUGACUGCAUUUUCUUUGUUGCUUCACAAAAACUUUUCGUUACACCAUCAAGUUAUUGAUUUGCAGGAUCAGAUUUCCAAUCUCAACAUCAAAUUAAGAGACUGCAGUUUAAUGGACACUGUAGAUAGUAACAAUUUUGUAUUAGAGGAUACUGAUAUUCCAAACAAAAGAUGGAAGAAUGCAGCUUUAGUUGUUUCACUCAUGCUAGUAUUACUCCCACUUGUGUUUUUCAAAUAUAUUGAUUACAUCUCAAAUUCUCGAAGAUCAAUAGAUAAUGUUACAGAGGAAAUGUGUUUGAGCAAGCAACUUGCAUACCGAGUGGAUGUCUUUCUUUCAUUUAUUCCUUAUGCUAAACCAUUGGCCUUGUUAGUUGCAACCAUACUGGUCAUUUGUCUUGGAGCUUUCGCACUUUUUGGUGUUACAAAGGAUAGCCUAGCAGACAGCUUUUGGUUAUCUUGGACAUAUGUUGCUGACUCUGGGAACCAUGCUAAUUCUGAAGGCACUGGCCCAAGGCUGGUAUCAGUUUCGGUUAGCUUUGGUGGAAUGCUUAUAUUUGCAAUGAUGCUUGGACUUGUCUCUGAUGCAAUUUCUGAAAAAUUUGACUCACUGAGGAAGGGAAAAAGUGAAGUAGUUGAGCAAAACCACACUCUGAUACUUGGAUGGAGUGAUAAAUUGGGAUCACUACUGAAUCAACUGGCUAUAGCUAAUGAAAGCUUGGGUGGGGGAACUGUUGUGGUCAUGGCAGAGCGUGACAAAGAGGAGAUGGAAGUUGACAUUUCCAAAAUGGAGUUUGACUUCAAAGGAACCUCUGUUAUAUGUAGAAGUGGAAGCCCUUUAAUUUUAGCGGACUUGAAAAAGGUCUCUGUAUCUAAGGCUCGUGCAAUAGUUGUCCUUGCUGAAGAUGGAAAUGCUGACCAGAGUGAUGCUCGUGCAUUGAGAACUGUCUUGAGCCUAACUGGAGUAAAAGAAGGGCUCCGAGGGCACAUAGUGGUUGAACUCAGUGAUCUUGAUAAUGAGGUUCUAGUUAAACUUGUUGGGGGUGAUCUUGUUGAAACUGUUGUAGCUCAUGAUGUAAUUGGGAGGUUGAUGAUUCAAUGUGCUCGACAACCAGGCCUAGCCCAGAUAUGGGAAGACAUUCUUGGAUUUGAGAAUUGCGAGUUCUACAUCAAGAGAUGGACGCAGUUGGAUGGCAUGCCUUUUGAAGAUGUCUUGAUCAGCUUUCCUGAGGCUAUUCCUUGUGGAGUCAAGGUGGCAUCACGUGGUGGAAAAAUCAUUCUGAAUCCCGAGGAUUCCUAUGUUCUGCAAGAAGGAGAUGAAGUUCUUGUUAUUGCGGAAGAUGAUGACUCAUAUGCUCCAGGGCCGCUGCCUAUGGUCAAAGAAGUAUCAUCCAUACACAUUGCUCGGUCAACAAAAAAGCCACAGAAGAUUCUACUUUGUGGAUGGAGACGGGACAUUGAUGAUAUGAUUGUGGUAUUAGAAGCCUUCUUAGCACCUGGUUCAGAGUUGUGGAUGUUCAAUGAAGUCUCAGAAAAGGAGAGAGACAGGAAGCUUACAGAUGGUGGUCUUGAUGUCAGCAGGUUGGAGAAUAUUGCACUUGUAAACCGUGAAGGGAAUGCUGUAAUAAGACGCCAUCUAGAAAGCCUUCCCUUGGAGUCUUUUGAUUCUAUCUUAAUUUUGGCUGAUGAAUCAGUGGAAGACUCUGCAAUUCAGGCUGAUUCAAGAUCUCUUGCCACAUUGCUGUUGAUACGUGAUAUUCAGGCAAAGCGGCUUCCAUAUAGAGAAGCUAUGGUGUCCCAAAUUCACAGGGGCAGUUUUUCGCAAGGCUCCUGGAUCGGUGAAAUGCAACAGGCUUCAGACAAAUCGGUUAUAAUCAGUGAAAUUCUGGACCCGAGGACUAAAAAUCUGUUGACCAUGUCGAAAAUAAGUGAUUAUGUUUUGUCAAAUGAGCUUGUGAGCAUGGCAUUGGCUAUGGUUGCAGAGGAUCGUCAAAUAAAUGAGGUACUGGAAGAGCUUUUUGCUGAAGAGGGAAAUGAGAUGCAGAUAAGAGGUGCAGAUUUAUACAUCUGCGAGGCCGAGGGUGAGGAAUUGAGUUUUUAUGAAGUGCUCCUCCGUGCACGACAAAGGAGAGAGAUAGUGAUUGGAUACCGGCUAGCUAACGCAGAAAAAGCUGUCAUUAAUCCCCCCAAUAAAACAGCAAAACAGAGGUGGUCAGUGAAGGAUGUUUUUGUGGUAAUCACUGAGAAGGAAUAAGGAGAAAAUAAGAAUCUUGAGACACAACUAUUGUUUCUAUCAAUUUCCAAAGGGUAACUUUGUGAAUAGUUUCAGUAUACAAUAAUAAACAACAGCUACAGACAGAUGAGUUCUUAGUUCUCAAUUCUCCUGUACGAUUUUGUAUAUAUUGAUGAAAUGAAAAUAUUGCCGUCUCGUUGUAUAGAAUAUAGAUGUAAGUAACUUGAUUGUCAAGUAUCCAUUGAAUUUUGAUAGAGUAACUUGAUUGUCAAGUAUCCAUUGUAUAAAUCUCAAUUUUAUUCCUUA